CUGAUCUGGCGUGCGGCUCGGGCUUCCGGUGCGGCUCCAAGCUACUUUCGACCCUGUGGACCUUACCUGGACGGUGGCCUCAUCUCCAACAACCCCACCCUGGACAUCCUGACAGAGAUUCAAGAGAUGAAUCUGGUCAGGCGUCUUCGUGUAGGUCCUUUUGCUUCUCGCCUUUUUUAG